AUGAGCGAUGCCGAGCUGCUUACCAUGCACUUGCGAGGAGAAGCAAAAUCUGAGAAUCUGGAAUGGAAGUACAUAGUUCAAAUGCGAUUCCGGGUGGGGACAGCACAGUCCGAAACGGAUCGCGUGGCAGACGGUGACCUGUUUGAGCUGGGUAAACGAUGUCCACCCAUUGCCAUUCGGAUCGCCGAUUCUAACAUUCAGCGAAUCCGCAUAGAAAUGAAAUUCGUAGAAACCGUAAGCUAUACGUUUUUAAAAACCUGCUGA